AACCAGACCCAACUGACUUGCCACAUUUAUGCCUCCCCACGCCGGUCCCAUGCGUGUUCCACGUGACAGAUUCACAGCUCUCUCUGUGGGAGUGCCUGUCCUGUGACUGGGGGUGCCACGACGCCAAGGUUACUACCAGAGCCGAAGAGGGGCAUGAUAGUGAGGCUUGGAAGUCGGCGCAGGGCGGACGCUCACUAUUGCCUGUCUCCCAAACAGCGUGUCAUAUAAGUAUUUAUCAAGAUGACAGUUACAUCCAUGGAAGUUUCAUCACCUAAUGAUGUUGAUAAAUUAGCAUCUGCAUCUAAGGAAGAUCCUAAGGAGACCUACAAGAAGCUUGAUGACCCUGGGAGAACAGAGGCAAAUAUGGAUAAUUCAGAAAAUAAUGGAGCGGUAGGGGAAGAAGCAAGAACUCAUACAGAAGGAGAAGACAAUGAAGAGGGCAGUACAAGAAAGAAAACCUGCUGCAGUGUGUUAAGGUCUGCACAAUUCCAAGUAUAUGCAUCACACUUCCUUUCUUCUUGGGGUGAUCGCAUGUGGAUGUUUGCUGGAGGUCUCUUUCUACUUGAAGUCACACCAGGAUCCCUUCGCUUGGCAGCAAUUUAUGGAGCUGCACUUGCUGUAACUGUUAUUCUGUGUGGAGCUCCUGUUGGUCGAUGGGUUGACAGUAACUCAAGACUCAGAACUGCCCAGAUAAGUCUGAGUAUCCAGAAUCUUAUGGUUUGCAUUUGUGCUGCUCUCCUAGUAGUGAUUACAACACAGCGGCAAUAUUUCACUGCUUGGGAUGGGUGGUCCCUAAUCUUGGCAGAGGCAGGAGUGAUCUUUUCAGCAUGUCUAGCUCAGAUUGGAACUUUAGGAUGUAAACUAGCCAUAGAGAAGGACUGGAUCAUAGUGAUAUGCGGAAAAGAUAAAACAACAUUAGCCAGAAUGAACAGUGUUUUAAGAACAGUAGACCUCAGCACUGAAGUGUUAGCCCCUGUCAUUGUUGGUACUGUGAUGACUGGUUUUGGGUUGGCUGCUGGAGGCAUAGUAAUUGCCUCGUGGAAUGUCGGCUCACUGCUGGUAGAAUAUGGGCUCUUGCAUCAUCUCUUCUACUCAUCACCUGAUUUACAGAAGUCAAAGAAUGUUUCUGUAGAAGAGACUGCAAAAGAGGAAGAAAGAGAAGGAGAAGCAAAUGAUAAUGAAAUUCAGAAAAGGAAGAGAAAGAAAAGGCAUGUGGUUAUACAACGUAUCAUUUCAGCAUGGGGAGCAUGGAAGGCAUACAUGAGUCAUCCAGUCAGAGAUGCUGGGCUUGGUCUUGCAUUCCUGUUUAUGACAGUGCUUGCAUUUGACAAUUAUUCUAGAGCUUUUGUUUACGAGUCUGGUGUACCAGAGACAAUUCUUGGUAUUCUAACAGCUGUUGCAUCCUUGUCUGGGAUUUUUGGAUCCUUAGCCUUUCCUGUUCUCAGAAGGGUUGGUAUAUCUAAGACUGGCUUGGUUGGCUUUGGAUUUGAAACAGUCUGCCUGUCUUUAUGUGUGGCAUCAGUAUUCGCACCCGGCAGUCCAUUCGAUGCCUCAGCUUUAUUACCUAACAGCAGGAUAGCCGAGGGCAAUAAUUCAACAGAAGCUCCAGCGUACUUAACAUACAACAUAAGCACACUGUCAGGUGGAACAAAUAUCUCCUUGGCAGAGGAAAAUGGGACUGUGACUCUUGAUGUACCUUUAAAUCAAAGCCCAGAUCCUGAAGCUGGAGAGGAAAUGGUGUACACAUCAGUUAUUCUCCUUCUUACUGGAAUCAUAACAUCAAGAUUUGGUUUGUGGCUAGCAGAUUUGACAGUGACACAGAUCCUGCAAGAGGGUGUGGAAGAAGGCCAGAGAGGAGCUAUCAAUGGUGUUCAGUCAUCACUUAACCAGUCACUUGACUUAUUGCGUUCAAUCCUUAUCAUCAUUUUACCAACGCGAUCUACUUUUGGGUUCCUUAUCAUCCUUUCAUUUGUAUUUGUAGCAACAGCGUGGAUGUUGUUUGCAAUAUAUGCUCGAAGAAACCCAACACCUGUAACCACACCAGAAGGAGAGCAGCUCAAGCCAGUGGCUGUGUAAUUCUACAAAAUUUGUGAAUCAAGUUAAUUUCCUUCGAAAGACUAAAGUCAACUCCAGAUUUAGUUUACCUUAAUUUGACUUGAGACACAUUUUUUCAUGAUCUAACUCUAAGCACUUAUUUCAAAUUGAUUUUACUCUAAAGCCAUAUUUCAAAUUAAGUUACUGGUAACUAGAGACUUAUUUCAAGAGAGAAAUAUAUGUUUUAACUUACCCAAGAGUGCUACUUCAGUUUCAAGCAUGCAUAUUUCAUAUGACCAACUCAGAUUACCCAACUAAAUGCAGAUUGAUAUGUAGAGAAUGUUAUAUUAUACUCAUGUUUUUAUUAUAUUCAGUUUCUUUUUUUUUUUUUUAAUAAACUUUUUUUAUUGUCUAAAUGUUAAGAGAACAGAGAAGUGUAAUGUAAAAACUAUUGCCAACAGGUUUUGUUUUUGGUAAAAUAUUAUUGUUUGCUGCAAUCUUUUU